ACCCGCUCACCCCAGCAGCGCCCUCGGUGUUAUUUUAGAGGAAUAAUGUUUGCAUUUAAACGAUCUAACUGAUUAAAGCUGUAUUAAUAGUUGUUACAGAAUAUCAUUUCCUAAUCAAUGAAGUGUUUUGCCAACUACAAAAGCAGUUCAAUGUUGGUGAUAAGUAACCUGGUACCAGCUCGCUUCCUCACUCUUAUUGCACAUCUGGUUAUAGUCAUUGUCAUCUUGUGGUCACGGGAGAACAAUGUUCGAGCUUGUCUGCCUUUAUUCUUUACUGUUGAUGACUAUAAUACAGAGGACCUAAGGCUGGUGGUGGGUUUAUCUGUGACUCUGGGCUUGUCUGCUUUAGAACUUGCUGGGUUCUUCUCUGGAGUCUCAAUGUUUAACAACAAUCAAGGGCUUUUAUCCACAGCAUGUCAUGCAAGUGGUGCUAUUUCUCUGCUCUUCUUCCUGUUUGAGCAGUGGACCUGCACAUUGUACUGGUGGAUCUUUAGCUUCUGCAGCGUAAUCCCAGCUAUCUAUGAGAUCAUCCUGUUCAUUGCUGUUAUCGGACUGAAGAAGAAGCCACUAUAAAUGCUUCAGACUGUGUUGCCAAGCAACGUCGAUAUCUGUGCUCUACAUAAAUCAGAGAUAUUAUUAUUAUUAUCACUAUUAUUAUUAUUACUAUUAUUAAUAUUAUUAUUAUUAUUACUAUUAUUACACAGUGGUAUCUUGCCCAUCAAUCAGAAGUGCUUUUAAAAUAGAUAUAAAUAAAUGAAUUCUAUUUUUGAUCAAAUGAGAACCACAUUAGGGGCAGAAUUUGAUAUUUUUUCUAACAUGAAUUGUCAUUACUCUUUUACAUUUUGUAAUAAAAUAUUUGAAAAUGGAAUGAGAUAUUUUUGUACAUAUUAAAUAAAGUCUUGUCUCACUAGAUUGUA